AUGGACCUCAGCUUCAUCUCGCUUGCCCUCUCGGGGGCAUCCGCGCUCCGUGGCCACUUCAUCAACACGGCGCAUGUGCUUUCGACGACAUCGUCCGAGGCCAAAAACUACGCCCUGCCAUGGCAGCAGUGCGGUGGCAAGCACUACAAGGGCCACACCAAGUGCACGCCAGGUCACCUCUGCAAGCACCUCAACGACUGGUGGUCGCAGUGUGUGCCUGACCCGUCGCUUAAGGGCCCGCCGACGUACUCGCAGUGCGGCGGCAAGGGAUUUGAAGGCGAGACGACGUGCCGUGACGGCGACAUGUGCGUAGUCCUUAGCAAGUACUAUUCGCAGUGCGUGCCCAUGGUCAUGCCACCCCAAUACAAACAAAAGUGCACGAACAUCAACGUGCUUGGCGACGCGACGUACUGCAUUAAGGGCCCCGUUUGCGGUAGUGACGACGACGAUGGCCACAAGUGCCCGAAGAAGGGCGACAUUGCCGUCGGCAACUGCCUCAGCCAGCUCAAGAGCUACGUCGCGUUCGCCAAGUGCGUCGCACCCAAGGAUGCCACGUGCCAAAAGACCGAGUUUGGCGAGUCUGUCUGCUCGUUCAGCAAGAUUCACAUCAAGACGACGAAGACUACGGUCACCGAAGUGCCGACUACAGAAGCGACUGGCGACAAGAACAACACCGCGAUCGUCAUUGACGCGCCUGUGGUCGUCAACAUCACGGUUCGCGGCAACGAAACGAUCCCGGUCAUUGCCGUGACUCCGCUGGCUUUCGGCAACGGUUCGUCUGGCAACGCCACCGACGACGAGGUCUUCGUGACGCUGGCGCCGCCAGCUACCGUGGUUUCGGCCAACACCACGGCCACGAACAAGACGGCAGGAACGAUUGUUGCCGUGAAUGCGACGAGUGCUUCGGGCGACGUGACCAUCGUGCCGACCAACAUUACCGUCGACGACGUCAUUGUCGCACCAGUGGCCAACGCCUCGCACGUGCUCAAUGUGACGGCGGUGCCGACAACGGAAACGAUUAUGUUUCCUGCCAACGCGUCGAACGAAGCAGAUGUGAUUCUUGCGCCUGUGACGCCGGCCGCGACGACGCUUGCAGUCAAUGCGACGGGUGCCAACGCCACAGUGACGGACGACGUCAUUGUCUUUCCCACGGUGAUCUAA